AUGGGCGCAAAACUACUUACCCUCUUCUGGGCAUGCCUAGCGCUAAGCAAUUCCUUCUAUGUCUCCCGAGGAGUGGUUUCUGCGUCAAUCACAACGCCUCUACCCGAUCUCUACGAAGCAUCUGUGAUCGAGCUCCAAGCGGGCCUUACCUCGGGACAGUUCACGAGCGUUGACCUGAUAAAGGCAUAUUUCGCCCGCAUCGAAGAAGUUAAUUUGCAAGGGCCAAUGCUUCGUGCUGUGAUUGAGACCAAUCCGUCUGCGCUGCAGGAAGCUGCACUGCUGGAUGGUGAGCGGCUCACCUACGGGCCACGGAGUGCGCUCCAUGGGAUCCCAGUGCUUGUGAAGGACAACAUUGCGACUGUAGCAUUUGAAGGAAUGAACACGACUGCAGGGUCAUAUAGCUUGUUGAAGUCCGUAGUUCCGAACGAUGCAGGUGUAGUGAAGCGAUUACGCAAGGCAGGAGCCGUUAUUCUCGGCAAGGCAAACCUGUCCGAGUGGGCACACUUCCGUGGGAACAUUGCCUCUGGAUGGUCAGGUCGUGGAGGACAGUGCACGAAUGCAUAUUACCCAAAUGCCGAUCCGUGUGGUUCGUCGGCUGGAUCUGGCGUCUCUGCAUCUAUCGGCCUGGCUGCUGUUACUCUCGGGACGGAGACGGACGGAAGUAUCACAUGCCCCGCAAAUCAAAAUAAUGUGGUAGGCAUCAAGACCACAGUGGGAUUAACAUCCCGUGCUGGGGUCAUACCGAUCUCCGAGCACCAAGACACAGUCGGUCCGCUCGCUCGCUCCGUUACAGAUGCUGCCAUCGUCCUUUCCAUCAUCGCCGGCCCAGACCCUAACGACAACUUUACGAUGGCACAGCCGAUGCCUGUCCCCGACUAUACCAUGGCACUCAGUAACACAUCUCUUGUUGGUAAGCGCAUUGGAGUGCCUCGCGCAGUCUUCUUGAACGACAGCAUGACCGGCAAUGAUCCAUAUGUGAAUCAAGUAUUCGAGCAGGCGCUGGAGACACUAAGGGUUCUUGGCGCGACAAUUGUAGACCCAGCUGAUUUGCCUUCGGCGUAUGAAAUCUACGAGUCUAACAAUGAGACCAUUGUCUUGGAUGUUGACUUCAAGGUGCAACUCAAUGCCUGGUUUGACAGCCUCGUCGCAAACCCAUCAGGGGUGGCUUCACUUGAGGACUUAAUCAUGUUCGACAGCGUCAACCCAACGCUCGAAGAGCCCGCGGGAUACACAGACCAGUCUAUUUUGAUUGAAUCACAAGCGACUACUGGUUUUAAUGCAUCUUAUUACCAAUCUCUCGCGUUUGACGUGGAACUCGGCGCUACUCGUGGAAUUGAUGCAGCCCUCAAGAUGUACGCUCUUGACGCUCUGGUACUCCCUGCACCAGGUUACACGACUGUUCCUGCAGCCAUCGCGGGAUAUCCGAUUGUCACGGUGCCUUUGGGUUUCUAUCCAGAGAAUAUUACAAUUGGCAGCGCUGGGCCCGAGACUGUGUAUCCUGCUCCAGGCGUCCCAAUUGGACUUUCGUUCUUUGGAACAGCAUGGAGCGAGUAUAGCCUUGUCAGUUUUGCAUAUGCCUACGAACAGAAGACGCAAACAAGGCUACAGAGGAAAGCCUACCCUGCAGCAAUUCCAACAACACAGUUGGCGGAUGUGAUAGGGAAGUAG